AUGAUCAAGCGAGCCCUCGGCCUUUUCGCCGGUGGCGAGGGGGCUGCAGAGGAUGACGACGAUUCCGAGGAUGUCACGCCAGCUCAGCGGCAAAAGCUUGAAAGGCGUUUGCUUCCAGGAGCACAGCGAGGCACGAAGAGAAAGAACAGAAAGGACAUGGCAAAGGAGGAGGAGGAGGAGUCGCAGGACACAGACAGCGACUCCGGCGAUGAUCCCCCGGUGCCAGAUUCCGAGGAGAAACCGUUUCGAGGGCAGUAUCAUUGUCAACUCUGCCCUGACAAGAUCCUGCUCACUGCUAAGCAGCUGGAGGUUCACCUGCAAAGCACCGCGCACAAGCGAAACGAGCGCCACUUUGAAAGGGCCAAGGCCAUGGGGUUGCAGGCCUACGAGGCGGAGUGCCUGGAAAGGGCGGCUGCCAGAGAAACUCAGGCUGCUGCCCGGAGUGCCGGUGUUUUGUCGAAGAAGCAGCAGAAGAACGCUGCUUUCUGGAAGCAGCGCAAAGCACGCAAAGCACAGAAGAAGGACAAGAAGAUCAAGAGAAGCCACGCUGGUGAGGAAUGA